CUGCUCUCAGCCUAUAGACGGCGCUGUUACAUUGGUCGGCGGAAAUGAUCUUACAGUUGCUGUGUUUGACUGUUGGAUGUUAGCGCGGUUUAUUGGAAUAUAUGUGAAAUUGUAUUUCUUUUUCUUUCAUCUGAGAUCUGCCGUUUGAGAGCAGAGGGGUUUUCAUGGCUGCACCUGCUCUACAACAGCCCAGUUACCUCUUGUCCAAUUUAAAGACAGACUGGAGCAAUAAAACUCUUCAACAAAGAUGUCAUGAGUUGGUGAAAAUUAUAGAUGAUUAUCCUGCUAAGGAGCUGCAUGCCAUCUUUCCCUGGCUGGUGGAAGGUGUGUUUGGUAGCCCGGAUGGAGUCCUUGCAGGCUGGAACCUUCGAUUUUUGCAGGCGCGCUCAAAUGAUUACAACAUUGUGAUGGACAUUCUGCACCCAAGUGGUCCAAUGAUGAAAUUAGUGUACAAACUACAAGCUGAGGAGUACAAGUAUGAAUUUCCAGUCAGUUAUUUGCCGGGUCCUAUAAAGCUAUCCAUUCAGGCAGGAGUUUUGCCGGAUUGCCCUCUGUUUCAUAAUAAGAUCCAGUUUCCCAUGUCAGGCCUUUUGUUACUGAAUCCUUUUGAAUAUUAUCUCUUCUAUUUUGCUUCCAGUCUCAUUGCACCAAAGAACUACCCCCCAGCUCAGCAUGUGAGUUACUCGGAAAGUGCGUACUUUGUGCUUGUUGACGCCUACCUGAAGUACUUCCUGCCGACAGAAGGCAAUGUGCCUCCAUCUCCUUACUCAGACAACAGGGGUUCAGUGGCUUCUCCUGCUCCAAGAUCUUCCAAUGUGCCUUAUGUUGGAUAUGGUGGUCACAGCACUAGUCUUUUGAAGCGUCAUAUUACCCAUCAGCCCUCAGUCAAUGCAGACCCCACAGCUCAAGAGAUCUGGAGGUCAGAGACUCUCCUGCAGGUCUUUGUGGAAAUGUGGCUCCAUCACUAUUCUCUGGAGAUGUACCAGAAGCUGCAGUCUCCUCAGGUGAAGCUGGCGUUGUUGCAGUACCGCCUCAGUAUGUCCAGCAUGCUGUGCCAACCCCCCGCCCCACCAGGCUCUGGGACCCUCCACACAUACCAAGAGCCCUUCAUGCCCUCCGAAGAGCACGUCCUCGUCGCACGCCUCCUGGUCAAGCAUCUGCAUGCCUUCUCCAACAGCCUAAAGCAGGAGAUAAUUCCCUCCUCGCCCUCCGCUCACUCCCACAGCAGCCCUCUGGAGGAACUCAAACGUGUGGUGGUGCAGAGGUUUGUCCAGCAGAAGCUGUACGUCUUCUUACAACACUGCUUCGGUCACUGGCCUUUGGAUGCAUCAUUCAGAGCGGUAUUAGAGACGUGGCUUAGUUACAUCCAACCCUGGAGAUAUACUGGAGAGAAAAGCAAUACGCAAGCAGAUGGCCAGAAUAAAACCGUUCCUGAUAAAUGGGCCUCAUUUGUCCAGGAGAAUCUUCUCAUGUACACAAAGCUUUUCCAGGGUUUUUUGAAUAGGGCCAUGCGCACAGACUUGGUCAACGCUAAAAACGCCUUGAUGGUCUUCAGGGUUGCCAAAGUUUUUGUUCAGCCAAACCUAGCAGAGAUGAUCCAGAAAGGAGAGCAGCUGUUUUUGGAGCCUGAACAUGGCAUCCUGCAGCGGCAAAACCGUGUCUUUCUAACACCUUCACACGGUGGCAGCUUCCUCUCUUCCCGGCAGCCGAUGGGGAGCGACAGCGUCUUCAAAGUCAAAAGUCAUGUGUACAGCCUGGAGGGGCAAGACUGCCAAUACAAGCUUAUGUUUGGUCCUGAUCUGCGUACAAUCGUGUUAAAGCUGAUCCAGAUUAUCGCCCAAGCCCGACAGACGGCUAAACGGAUAUCAGAUCACUCUACAGAAAUGGCUGCGAACAACUCUUUUCUCUCGUGGUUCGGCGUUGGCUCCCCGGAUCUUAAUAAUACCUUUACUGGAGGAGAGAUGGAUGAUUUGGGAGAGGGCGUGAAAAAGACGCACGAGUUUUUGGACAAAGCCCUGGACUACCUCUGUCAGAUAUUCCGGCUGAGUGCAGGGCAGCUGUCCCAGCUAAUGGAAAAUGUGGUAUCUGCAGAAGACAACGGUGGAUCUAAACAACUACCAGACUGCAUUUCGAGUGAGAAUGGCCUUGUGUUAACAGACCUGGGGAGGUUGCAGAUCAUCAAUGGCCUACGCAGAUUCGAAAUUGAAUAUCAAGGAGAUCCAGAGCUUCAGCCUAUUAGGAGCUAUGAAAGUGCUUUUUUGGUUCGAUUGCUGUUCCAAAUCUCUACCUUUAUCAAUGCAAGGCUAGGAGACCGCAUGGAGGCACUUUGCUCUCGGCAGGAUGUCCUGGGCAGUGUAGGAAGACACUACUUGAAGAGUUCCUCAGUCGCGGUGGAGCAACGGCGAAAGAGCCCGGUCACGCGGCAGAUGAAGGAACGGCCGCAGCGAGCCCGUCUCAGCCUGCGGGUCCUGGCCAGCUAUCGCACCCUUUUAAUUCUCCUCCUGCUCUACGUGCUGUUUGCGCUUUUCUCUUUUGGGCUCCUGUCCACCACUGGACUCAUUCUUGUCAUCAGCUGUCUCUAUGAGCUCCUGUUGACUUUGCUCUCCAAAAAACUAAAGACUCAGUAGUAUGAGAAGUGUUUUGCUGCCUUUAUUUUUAAAUUGUACAAAUUUGAGUUCUUUUGUCAAAUGUGUUCACUGUUAUUAUACAGUAUUUACAAUGCAAGUAUGUUGGUACAUUUUAAUGACAAAAAUUGAGCAGGGACUUCAAAAUUAGAUGCACAUCAGUUAAUAUGUAUGAAGUAUAUUUUUAAACUAAUGUUAAAUGAGGUGGUUAACUGCAACUUUUUGCUCAUUAAGUACAAUUCUAAUAGUUUUUUUCUAAAGCAACUCCAGAGUUUGCACUUAACUGACUGCAUUUAAUUAAACAGACACAUUGAAUGUGA